UUUGUUAUCAAGCGCAACUAACUUAUGAUUAGUGGGUUUUCACCUUUGAAUAUAAAAAAAAAACAAACAUAACCUUCGAACGAAAAAGUGUUAUUGUUAGUUUACAGUUAGAGAAGUUGAAAUUUAGAGGAACGUCAAAGAGAUUAUUUUUUUUUCCGGAUGUGAUAAAUCAAAAUGGAAGAAAUGGAUUUAAAAAAUGAGAUAGACAAAGAAAAGUGUUCAAGUACGAGCUCAUUAAAUGUAAGUAAAGAGGAGGUAGAAUUAAUUGAAGAUGAAGAACAAGAGAAUGAAGAGGAUGAAGAAAUAAAUAAUAAAGAUGAAAAGGAGAACGGGGAUGGUUUAAAUGAUGAUGAUGAUGAUAAUGAAAAUAAUGAUGAUAAUAUGGAUGAUGAUGAUAAUGAUGAUGAUGAUGAUGAUGAUGAUGAUGGUGAUAAUGGUGAUGAUGAUGAUGAAGGCGAAGACGACGAAGAUGCUGAUGAAGCAGAAAUCAAAAUUUUAGAGACUUUAUUGUCACAAAAUCCUUAUGAUUACAGUAGUCAUGUAGCAUUGAUAAAAAAAUUUGAGACAAUGGGAGAACUUGAACGUUUACGUGGUGCAAGAGAAAAUAUGAGUUCAAAGUAUCCAUUGAGUCCAGAAUUAUGGUUAUCAUGGAUACGCGAUGAGAUUAAAUUAGCUGUGAAUACGGAAGAAAAAGCUGAAGUCAUCAAACUGUGCGAAAGAGCUGUUAAAGAUUAUCUCUCUGUUGACAUUUGGUUGGAAUAUUUACAAUUCAGUAUUGGAAAUAUGGAUAAUGAAAAGAAUGGAACUAAAAAUGUUCGUCAGCUUUUUGAAAUUGCAUUGACAUCCGUUGGAUUGCAUACUAUCAAAGGAGCCAUAAUAUGGGAAGCAUUUAGAGAAUUUGAAGCAGUAUUAUUUGCAUUGAUUGAUCCUUCAAACAAAGCUGAAAGAAAGGAACAAUUGGAACGUAUUGGAAAUCUUUUCCGUCGUCAAUUAGCAUGUCCUUUACUUGAUAUGGAGAAAACACAUGAAGAGUAUGAAGCUUGGAGGGCUGGAGAUGGUGUUCAAGCUACUAUAGAUGAUAGUAUUGUAUUGGGAGGAUAUGAACGUGCUUUUGCAAAAUUAAAUCUACGUCUUCCUUAUGAAGAAAAAAUAGUAUCUGCACAAAAUGAAAGUGAAUUGUUUGAUGCUUUUAAAGCAUAUUUGUUAUAUGAAAAACAAAAUGGGGAUCCAGGACGUGUUACGGUUUUAUACGAAAGAGCAAUUGCAGAUCUUAGUCUUGAGGUACCACUUUGGUUGGAUUAUCUUAAUUAUCUUGAAAACAAUAUUAAGAUAGAGUCGAUAUUAAGUGAAAUAUAUGAAAGAGCAUCAAGGAAUAUUCCAUGGUGUUCAACAAUUUGGCAAAAAUGGAUUAGAGCGUAUGAGAAAUGGGAAAGACCUGUUCUAGAAGUUCAGGUAUUAUUGGAAAAUGCUUUAGCUAUAGGUUUUCCAACGGCAGAGGAUUAUCGUGAUUUAUGGAUGAAAUAUUUAGAAUAUUUGCGCCGAAAAAUAGAUAAAAAUGUAGAAGAGGACGAUAAACAAAUUGAUAUUCUUCGUAAUACAUUUAAUAGAGCUUGCGAACACUUAGCUAAAAUUUUUGGUUUGGACGGUGAUCCAAAUUGUGUUAUUUUACAAUAUUGGGCAAGAACAGAAGCUAUAACAGCGAAUAAUAUGGAAAAGGCUAGAUCUCUUUGGACUGAUAUAUUUUCACAAGGCCAUUCGGUAACUGCAUCUUAUUGGUUGGAAUAUAUUUCUUUAGAAAGAUGUUACGGCGAUACGAAACAUUUGAGAAAGUUAUAUAAAAAAGCAUUGACUUCGGUCAAGGACUGGCCAGAAAGCGUGGCAAAUUCAUGGUUGGAUUUUGAGCGUGACGAAGGUAAUCUCGAACAGAUGGAAUUUUGUGAAUUGAAAACAAAAGAAAAAUUGGACAAAGUUAUAGAAGAAAGAUCAAAAGCUCAGCAGGCUAAUUUGCAAAAUGAAUUAUUUGCACAAUCCAAAAAAACAAACAAGAGAAAAGCUGAAGAUGCAGGUAAAUGGAAGAAUUUAGGAAGUUCUGCCUUUAAAAUAAUGAAAAUGGAUGAAAGAAAUAAAUUUAAAUUACGGGAAAGACGUCUUGACUUGGAUAAGAAAAUGGAGGAUGACAAGGAACAAAUUAAAGCUGAAGUACAGCCCCCGCCAGGUUUCAAAUCAUUUGAAAAUGAAAAAACAAUUGAUACAAAUCGUGAUAUAGAUGAUAAGUUAACCGUAUUUAUUAGUAAUUUGGAUUAUACGGCAACCGAGGAUGAAGUUAGGAACGCUUUAAAACCAGCAGGAUUAAUAACUUCGUUUAAAAUGAUUAGAGAUUAUAAGGGACGUAGCAAAGGUUAUUGCUAUGUACAAUUAACCAAUAAAGAGGCCGUUGAGAAAGCAUUAACGUUAGAUAGAACACGUAUAAAUGGACGUCCUAUGUUUGUUUCAAAAUGUGAUCCUAACAAAAGUACAAGAAGUUCAGGAUUUAAAUACAACAGCAUUUUGGAAAAGAAUAAACUUUUUGUUAAAGGUCUUCCAGUUGCAACGACAAAAGAAGAUCUUGAAAAGAUAUUUAAUAUUCAUGGAAAAUUAAAAGAUGUUCGUUUAGUUACUUACCGUAAUGGACAUUCCAAAGGAUUGGCAUACAUUGAAUAUCUAGAUGAAAGUGAUGCUGCUAAGGCUCUUAUUGCUACCGAUGGUAUGAAAAUUGGAGAUAAAGAAAUAAACGUGGCAAUUAGUCAACCACCGGAACGUAAAAAAGGAGAAGAAAUAUCUUAUGUAAAAUCAUUGGGUAGUAGUACAGUAAGUAGAACAACAUUUGGAUUACCAAAAACAUUAUUAUCCAUGGUACCGCGAAAUGUUAAAAUUACGAGCAUUAAUAAUACUAAUGAUAAUGAUAAAAGUUCAUCUAAGAAUGGAAUAUCACAGCCCAAAAGUAAUCAAGAUUUUCGGAAUAUGUUGUUGAAUAAAAAAUAAUCUAUUGUAUUAUCAUA